AUGUCAACUGUAAAACGUACCCCACCAAAAAAGAAACAAACAGACAAUCCGCGUCAAAUUCAUACAUCAUCUGAAUCGGACAUCAGCUCGGCCGCAUUGACGAGUGACCUCGUGAAAAUGAAUAGAAAUAAACGCCCGAGAUCGGCUGACUCUCCUCAAGGCGGGUCAACAUUGGACUUCCAAAAUCUUCAGAACACACUAUCGAGUUGGAGGGAAGAACAAGAUAGCAAAUUAGCCACAAUUUUGGCUGAUAUCGUUGAAAUUAAAACUCAGAACACUCAUAUAAAGGAGUCUAAUGACGAAAUUCGCAAGACAAAUGAAGAACUGAAAGUCUCGAUCUCAUUUAUUAAUAAACAAUUCGAAGAUUUAAAAAAGGAAGUCGAAGAACUUAAGAGGGAACGCCAGGAUCAGCAAAGAAAUAUAGAAAACCUAGAGCGUACCCAGAAUGUUGCAAUACCCUCACAAAGACUAUUAGUAAAGUGGCCGAAGUUGUUGGUGUACAGGUUUCGGACUAUGAGAUCCGUGACAUAUAUCGGCUGCCGGGUAGGUCCUCCAACCCUGACACCCCACGUCCUAUAA